GGCCGAAUCUCUCGACCAUGUCAUUAAGAACUUUUCCUUGCAAUGCAUUCAGUACCCAGGAAAAUUAGCAGCUACUGCAUCUACUCAUAGACACAGGAGUCAUGGCGACAGAGCAGCCCUGCUACACGCUGAUUGCCUCACCAUCUGAUGUUGAACAGCCCAGUGAACAGCAGUUGAAGGCUGACCUAGAAAAGGGUGACAUUCGAACCAAGACGGAUGCACUGAAGAAAUGCAUUCACGCCAUCCUCUCGGGCGAGAAGAUACCUGGGAUCCUCAUGACGGUGAUCCGCUUUGUGCUGCCACUGCAAGACCACACCAUCAAGAAGCUGCUGCUGAUUUUCUGGGAGAUCGUGCCCAAAACCCUGCCAGAUGGCAAACUGAUGCAGGAGAUGAUCCUGGUGUGCGACGCGUACCGUAAGGACCUACAACAUCCGAACGAGUACAUCCGUGGCUCGACGCUGCGCUUCCUGUGCAAGCUGAAGGAGCCCGAGUUGCUGGAGCCGCUGAUGCCGGCCAUCCAGGCCUGCCUGGAGCACCGACACUCUUACGUGCGCCGCAACGCCGUCAUGGCCAUCUUCACCAUCUACAGGAACUUCGACUUCCUGAUCCCGGACGCGCCGGAGCUGAUCGCCAGCUUCCUGGAGGGCGAGCAGGACAUGUCGUGCCGGCGGAACGCCUUCAUGAUGCUGAUCCACGCCGACCAGGACCGCGCGCUCGCCUACCUCUCCUCCUGCAUCGAGCAGGUCAACACGUUCGGCGACAUCCUGCAGCUGGUGAUCGUCGAGCUCAUCUAUAAGGUGUGCCACGCCAACCCGUCGGAGCGCUCCCGGUUCAUCCGCUGCAUCUACAACCUGCUGAACUCGAGCAGCGCCGCCGUCCGGUACGAGGCGGCCGGCACGCUGGUGACGCUCAGCUCGGCCCCCACCGCCGUCCGGGCCGCGGCCACCACGUACAUCGAGAUCAUCCUGAAGGAGUCGGACAACAACGUGAAGCUGAUCGUGCUGGACCGGCUGGUGGCGCUCAAGGAGCACCCCAGUCAUGAGCGCGUGCUGCAGGAGCUGGUGAUGGACAUCUUGCGCAUCCUGGCCACGCCGGAUCUGGAGGUGCGCAAAAAGACACUGGACUUGGCCAUGGAUCUGGUGACGCUGCGGACUGUCGAGGAGAUGGUCCUGGUGCUGAAGAAGGAGGUCACCAAGACGCACAACACGGUCGAGCACGAGGACAUUGGAAAGUACCGGCAGCUGCUGGUGCGCACGCUGCACACGUGCUCGAUCAAGUUCUCUGACGUCUCGACCACCGUCAUCCCGCUGCUGACCGAGUUCCUCUCGGACACCAAUGAGCUGGCCGCCUCCGACGUGCUCGUCUUCCUGCGCGAGGCCGUGCAGCGCUUCGAGCACCUGCGCCCGCUGGUGCUGGAGCAGCUGCUGGAGGCCUACCCCCUCAUCGGGUCUGUGCGCGUGCACCGGGCUGCCACCUGGAUCCUGGGCGAGUUCGCGGCCAGCGCCGAGGACGUGCAGGCGGUGCUGACGCAGGUGCGCCAGGCGCUGGGCGAGCUGCCGCUGGUGGAGGACGAGCGGCGCCGCGCCGCCGGCGAGCUCACCGACGACGACCCCGCCCAGCAGCAGCAGACCGUGCACAAGCUGGUGACGGCCGACGGCACCUACGCCACCCAGUCGGCCUUCAGCACAGCACCGUCGACCAAGAAGAAGGAGGCGGAGCGGCCGCCGCUGCGUAAGUAUCUGAUGGCCGGCGACUUCUUCGUGGGCUCGGUGCUGGCGGCCACGCUGGCGAAGCUGGCGCUGCGCUACUGCCGGCUGGUGUCGGCGCCCGUCAAGCAGCACCGGGUACGCGGCGAGGUCAUGCUCAUCAUGGCCAGCAUCAUGCACCUGGGCCGCUCCGGCCUGCCCGACAAGGCCAUCAGCGACGACGACCUGGAGCGGCUGCAGCUCUGCCUGCGCGUGGUGGCCGAGCCCAGCCCGCUGCUCGAGAACAUCUUCCUGCACGCCUGCAAGGACGCGCUUAACUCCAUGCUGAAGGUGAAGGCGGACGCCGAGGUAACGCAUCAGACCAAGGACCGCGCCGCGCUCACCGUGCAGCCGGACGCGCCCAUCGCCUUCCUGCAGCUGUCCGGCCGCGGCGAGCUGGGCGGCAGCGAGAACGUGUUCGAGCUCUCGCUCUCGCAGGCCGUCGGCGUCGUCAAGAAGUCGGCCGCCGACUUCAGCUCGUCCAAGCUCAGCAAGGUGACGCAGCUGACCGGCUUCUCUGACCCCGUGUACGCCGAGGCGUACGUAAACGUCAACCAGUACGACAUCGUGCUGGACGUGCUGGUGGUGAACCAGACGUCAGACACGCUGCAGAACUGCUGUCUGGAGCUGGCCACGCUGGGAGACCUCAAGCUGGUUGAGAAGCCGGCGCCGCUGGUGCUCGGACCCAAGGACUUCGCCAACAUCAAGGCCAAUGUCAAGGUGGCGAGCACGGAGAACGCCAUCAUCUUCGGCAACAUCGUGUACGACGUGACCGGCGCCGGUAACGACCGCAACGUGGUGGUACUGAACGACAUCCACAUCGACAUUAUGGACUACAUCGUGCCGGCCACCUGCAACGACCAGGAGUUCCGCCAGAUGUGGGCCGAGUUCGAGUGGGAGAACAAGGUGUCCGUGAACACGACGCUGACCGACCUGAACGACUACCUGACCCACCUGAUGACCUCCACCAACAUGCGCUGCCUCACGCCGGAGAAGGGCCUGUCGGGCGACAGCGGCUUCCUGGCGGCCAACCUGUACGCCCGCUCCAUCUUCGGCGAGGACGCGCUGGCCAACCUCAGCGUCGAGAAGCCGUUCAACAAGCCGGACGCCCCCGUCAUCGGCCACAUCCGCAUCCGAGCCAAGAGCCAGGGCAUGGCGCUCAGCCUGGGCGACAAGAUCAGCCAGGUACAGAAGAAGGCGCGCGCCACGCCGCCCGCCGGCGCGUAGAGGGCCGUCCGCCCCGCCGGCCGACCGGACACCAUUCCGGAGCGUGGUCCUCGGCUCCUCCCCUGCUGGAUGCUGAUCGUGGGCGGCCUCGAAGGCGCCUACGGGACGUGCAGGAGCUGGGUGUUCGUUCUUUUCUGAUUUGAAAUAAUAUAUAUGGGGUGAGGUAU